AUGGUAGCUUCAAACACUAGGACCUUAUUUGGGGGCUUUGCUGCCUUGCUUCCCACUGUGCUGUAUUUUGGAACAUUACUCAACGGGGUUGGGGUAGUGAGAGCAGACAAUCCUAUCGUCCAAACGAUCUACACUACGGACCCAGCACCUCUUGUCUACAAUGACCGUGUCUAUGUCGUUACCGGCCAUGACGAAGACGGAUCUACAACAUUCAACAUGAAGGACUGGCACCUCUAUUCGACGACGGACAUGGCAAAUUGGCAGGAUCACGGGUCGCCAAUGAGUUUGAAAACGUUCAGCUGGACUAAUGCAAACGCAUGGGCUGGGCAGAUUAUCCAACGCAACGGGAAGUUUUACUUCUACGCUCCAAUGCGGCGCACCACUGGAAGCAUGGCUAUUGGCGUAGGCGUUGCCGACAACAUCACCGGACCAUACCGUGACGCGAUCGGCAAGCCAUUGGUUGAUAAUAACGAGAUUGAUCCGACUGUCUUCAUAGACGACAAUGGCCAGGCGUACUUGUACUGGGGAAAUCCAGGUCUCUCCUAUGUAAAACUAAACCAAGACAUGAUAUCCUACAGCGGAAGUGUCAACAAGGUUCAGCUCACGACUGCUGGGUUUGGCCCUCGGAGUAAGGGCACAAGGGCUACUGCGUAUGAGGAAGGACCAUGGUUCUAUAAGCGCGGCGGACUUUACUACAUGAUUUACGCAGCCAACUGCUGCUCCGAGGAUAUUCGUUACUCCACCAGCACUAGUCCCACUGGCCCCUGGACCUAUCGCGGACUAGUCAUGGCAACAGCGGGUGCGAGCUUCACGAACCAUGCUGGUGUUGUCGAUUUCAAAGGUAGUUCAUACUUUUUCUACCACAAUGGUGCCCUUCCUGGGGGAAGCGGUUACACACGAUCGGUAUGCGUAGAACGCUUCGCAUACAAUGCCGACGGUACUAUCCCUACUCUUACAAUGACAAAGAACGGCCCGCCCCAAAUCGGUACCGUGAACCCCUACGUGCAACAGGAGGCUGAAAUGAUCGCCUGGGAGUCGGGCAUAGAAACUGAAGUUUGUAGCGAAGGCGGAAUUGAUGUUACUUCGAUCAAUAACGGAGAUUACAUUAAAGUUAAGGGCGUCUCAUUUGGCACCGGAGCCAAGUCCUUCAGUGCAAGAGUCGCGUCGGCGGCCAGUGGUGGCAAGAUUGAGCUGCGUCUGGGCAGUACGACUGGUACUCUUGUCGGCACAUGUACUGUUUCUGGAACGGGCGGUUGGCAGACCUGGGCUACAGUCACCUGCCCUGUUAGCGGCGCUACGGGCACUCAAGAUUUGUACUUACGGUUCACUGGGAGCGGCAGCGGCAGCCUUUUCAACUUCAAUUGGUGGAAAUUUGCACAGUAG